AUGAUACAACCAAGGCAUGAUCCUCCUAUUCCAACAGACAGUGAUAAUGAAAGAAUUCUGGCUGAAGUAUAUGGUUCAAAGGCUCCAUCCUCUGACUCAAUUGAGUCUCUAACAGUGGCAGAGACAGCACACCCAAAUUCCACAUCCUACAAAAUCAGAGAAGUCACCAAGCUUCUAGCGUCCUCUACUGUCCAUGGGUCUGAGACCAGCAACUCUGAUUCUCCGAGUCCUACAAAGAGCUCACCUGUCAAAGAAAGGCGAAAGUCCAAAAGAAAAGGAGUUCCAGAGAAAGUUGUUGUGGAUGCUGGUGAUGAGCCUACAGAGUCUACUCAACCAGAGAAGAAAAGAAGGUCUGCUUAUUCGCAGAAGGCUAAAAGUGAUCCGCCAGCCAGACAAGUUUUUAAGACCCUGAGGUCUUCUGUUAAAAGUAAAGUUCCUAUGGUUUUUCCGUCAACAACAAGCCGAAAAAUGAAAGUUGCUUCAAAGCCAAGAGGAAUGAGUGUUACUCCAGAUGUGCAGAAUGUUCCUACUGUCGUUCCAGAAAGUCCUGAUACUUCUGUUUACAAGCCACAGUUUGUCUCUGAAACUGCUCAAGACAAAUGGUCUACAAUGACAGUGACAUCCAUUUGUUCUUUCUCGAAGUUGCUAACUUACGAAUUCUACUUCAACCUCAAUGAGGAGAUUGAAAAUCUGACUAGCGAGAAGUGCCAGCAAAUCUUCAUUAGGGGUAAGUGGCAUGUGUUUGGACCAGACAUGAUCAAUCAGUAUUAUGGGUUGAAGACAGUUGAGGAAGAAGAAAUUUCUUACUGGGAUUUGGUUGCUAAGACCCUCACUGGAGGACUGGUACCUGUAUGGCCAACUGGUGACAAUGAUACCUUGUUCAGCUCUCAAUUUACUUCCAAGUUUGUUAUGCUACACCGAAUUUCUUUGCACAAUUGGCUGCCAUCGGCGCAUUUUCAUACAGUCGGCAAGAUUCUAGCUGCUCUUCUGUUUCGAGUUGGCACCAAGAUGACCAUUGAUUUAGGGAGAUGGAUCUUCUAUCAUAUUCUCACAUUAAUACAUCCCAUGGAACAGAAGGUAAGGCUUCCUUAUCCCAAUCUUAUCUUUGGAGUGCUAACUUCCCAGGGUUUGAUUCCGAUGCCAAGUGAGAUCAUUGCUCCUACUCUACUAUAUAUUGUGGAUCCACGCCUUUUGACUGGCAAACACAUCAGGGAUGUUACUCAUGUUGAUGCUCCGCAUACUUCUGAGACUGAUACUGCUGUUGAGGAUACCCCCUAUGCUCGAGAUGUGCAGCUGUCCCUGCGAUUGAAGGCUCGUGUGUCUGAGCUGGAGAAUGUGAGUAAUAUUAUUUCAAAUCAGCUCAAUGCGGCUCACACUGAACUUCCAACUAUUCUACUCCGAAUGAGUUUGUCUAAGUCUGCUGCUGGUGACAAUGUGAAGACUGACAGUGAAGGUCCCUUUCAUGCUUAA